UGAAGGGAGGAGGACCUGUUUAGGGCAGGACUGAACAGCCUAAUCUCAUGUGCAGAGCAGCUUCCCCAAAGUGGAGGACUGGCCAGAAAACUGAAGUGUCUGAAUUUUCUGAGAAUUGGCGGAAAGAGUUUGAGUUUGUCUAAAACCCUAAUCUUUUCACAUUGUGUGUGUUUGUGUGGUAGGAGGUAUCAUGUAACAUGGAAUGAAGGAGCAAAACAUUUAGUUUGUUACGUGGUAGCACUAAAGCAUGCCUGCUCUUAUGGUCUCCUUUUCCUUUCCCAGCUCUGUAUUCUCUGAUGUGCAGAUCUGAGGAGGACUGAUCAGUCUUUGCAGAUGUCAAUCCAUGGCAUAUUUCUGGAUUUGCAGGAGUCUGAAUUGUUCUCAAUGGAGGAAGACCGAGGAGAACUGAUCAGGUCUUACCUUCUAAAACCAUGACCUGUUUUCAGGAAUUAGUGACAUUCAGGGAUGUGGCUGUAGACUUCUCUUGGCAGGAGUGGGAAUACCUGGAGCCUAUUCAGAGGGACUUUUACAGGGAUGUGAUGGAGAACUACAGAAACUUGGUCGCACUGGCAGGACAUUCCACUUCUAAGCCAGAUGUGGCUGACUUACUGGAGCAAGGAGAAGACCCUUGGAUGACUUUGAGGGAAGGAACACAAAGCCAGUACACAGAUUUGGAUUUACAGUGUGAGGUAAACAGCUAUGUGGAAAUGCCCACUUAUGAAAAAGACGUAUCUCCCACACAACAUCAGAGCAUAUAUAACAGAGAGAAACACUAUGAAUGCAAGAAAUGUCAGAAGAAGUUUGGUGGUGGCUAUCAACUGAUUCCACAUCCCAGGUUUCAUGUUGUUGAAAGACCCUAUGAAUGCAAAGAAUGUGGGAUGAACUUUCGUAGUGGCUAUCAGCUUACUCUACAUCAAAAAUUUCAUGCUGGUGGGACAGCCUACGAAUGUACAGAAUGUGGGAAGAACUUCAAAAGUGGUUAUCAACUUACUGUACAUCAGAGAUUUCAUACUGGCGAGAAAACCUAUGAAUGUAGGGAAUGUGGGAAGGCCUUUAUUUAUGCUUCACACAUUGUUCAGUAUGAGAGAAUUCACACUGGAGGGAAGCCUUAUGAAUGUCAGGAAUGUGGGAAGGCCUUUAGUCAAGGUGGACACCUUCGAAUUCAUCAAAGAAUUCAUACUGGCAAGAAACCCUAUAAAUGUCAGGAAUGUGGGAAGGGUUUUAGUAGGUGCUCAAGCCUUGUAGAACAUGGACAAAUUCACACUGAUGAGAAACUAUACAUAUGUGAGAAAUGUGGGAAGGCCUUUAGAAGGGGUCAUCAAUUUACUAUCCAUCAGACUGUUCAUACGGGUAAAAAACCAUAUGAAUGUAAAGAAUGUGGGAAGGGGUACACCACUGCCUCAUACCUAACUUUACAUCAGAGAAUUCAUAAAGGUGGGAAACCAUAUGAAUGUAAGGAAUGUAGGAAAACUUUUACUUUGUAUAGAAAUCUUACUCAGCAUCAGAGUAUUCAUACUGGGGAGAAAGUUUUUGAAUGUAGGCAGUGUGGAAAGGCCUACACUGCUGGCUCGAAACUUUCCCAACAUCAGAAAACUCACACUGGUGAGGAGCCCUAUGUAGGUAAGGACUGUGGGAAGGCCUUCAGCUUGCACAGGUACCUUAAUCAACAUCAGAAAAUUCACAGUAGUGUGAAGCCCUAUGAGUGUAAGGUAUGUAGGAAAACCUUUACUUUCUGUAGAAAUCUUACUCUACAUCAGAGUAUUCAUACUGAUAAGAAACCUUUUGAAUGUCAGGAAUGUGGGAAGACCUUUAUACGCAGUUCACACUUUACGGCAUAUCAGAGUAUUCACUCUGAUAAAAAACCGUAUAAAUGUCAGGAAUGUGGAAAGGCCUUUAAAAUGUACGGAUACCUUACACAACAUCGGAAGAUACAUACUGGUGGGAAACCCUAUGAGUGUAAGGGAUGUGGGAAGGCCUUUAGUCGUGCUUCAAACCUUGUUCAACAUGAGAGAAUUCAUACUGGCGAAAAACCCUAUGUGUGUAAGAAGUGUGGGAAGGCCUUCAGAUAUGGUUCAGCCCUUAAAGCACAUCAGGGAAUUCAUACAGAUGUGAAACCCUCUAAGCUGGGUGCUUCUGGUGUCGGGGGUCUCAUGAGACUGCAGUUACCUAAAGGACUGACUGCGGCUGGAGGGUCUGCUUUCAAAGAUGGCUUAGUCAUGUGGCUGGAGUUCGCAUUCGAUGGCCCUCGGCGUCACAUUGCUGAUUUAACCGGGCGGACCGCUCACACGCAGGCAGGCCUGAGACCUCAGAAAACAAUAGCUCCGCAGUCCCCUUCUCAGAAUUCGCUGGUGCAGGGUCACCGGACUCUCCUCCUCCUGGCCUUGAGAAACACCUCAGGUACGGCCUUCAGCGCUUCAGAGAUCCGCACCGCGCACGCGCAGCGCAGCGGCCACUCCCAGAAGUCUCCGGGGCGGCCGCUUUGGUCGGGGACUUUUACGACUCGGGACCCAACGUCCUGUAGUCCGCGAGGUGAGUUCUACCUCGAGCUCCUUUUUUUUUGUGUCCGUUGUUGCGAACUGCGCGUGAGUAGCACCCGUCCCAGGAAAAAAGCUGCCUGGGUGGCGGCGGAAACGACUGUGAAGGCGGAGCAGGAGCCUUCGAGGGACGGUCUGGGUUUUCUGGACUCUGCUUUUCUGGUAGAGGAACCCGGAAGUUUGAUCAGCUCUUGCAGGCCUAAAACCAUGGCCCAUGGAUCAUUGACAUUCAGUGACGUGGCCAUAGGCUUCUCUCAGCAGGAGUGGGAAUGUCUUGACCCUGUUCAGAAGACUUUGUACCGGGAUGUAAUGAUGGAGAACUAUGAUAAUUUGGUCUCACUGGCAGGCCAUUCCAUUUCUAAGCCAGAUAUAAUUACCUUACUGGAACAAGGAAAAGAUCCCUGGAUGGUUGUGAUGGAAGAAAAGAGAAAUUGGUGUACAGAUUUGAAAUCAAGAUAUGAAAUAAUCAGCUAUGGAAAAAUGUACAUUUAUACGAAACGUUCAUCUCUUACUCUGCAUCACAGAAUUGAUAAUGGAGAGAAACCGUAUGAAUGUAAGGAAUGUGGGAAGGCCUUUAGUCGUCAUACAGAUCUUAGAGUACAUCAAGUAAUUCAUACUGGUGAGAGACCGUAUGACUGCAGGGAAUGUGGCAAGGCCUUUAGUCGUCUUACAGACCUUAAAGUACAUAAGAGAAUUCAUACUGGUGAGAAACCCUAUGAAUGUGAAGAGUGUGGGAAGGCCUUUAGUCGUACCUCAAAUCUUGCUCAACAUGGAAGAGUUCAUACUGGUGAGAAAUCCUAUGGAUGUAAGGAAUGUGGGAAGGCUUUUAGUGAUGUUGGAACACUUAGAAUACAUCAGAGAAUUCAUACUGGUGAGAAACCCUAUGAAUGUAAGGAGUGUGGGAAGGCCUUCAGCCAAGCCUCAAACCUUAUACAACAUGACAGGAUUCAUACUGGUGAAAAACCCUAUGAGUGUAAAGAUUGUGGGAAGGCCUUUAGUCAUGCUUCACAUCUUGUUAGGCAUGAGAGGAUUCAUACUGGUGAGAAACCCUAUGAAUGUAAAGAGUGUGGGAAGGCUUUUAGGAGUAGCCAUCAACUUACUAUCCACCAUAGAUUUCAUACUGGUGAGAAACCCUAUGAAUGUAAGGAAUGUGGGAAAUCCUUUAGUGUAUAUGGACGACUUACUCGCCAUCAGAGUAUUCACAGUGGUAAGAAACCAUUUGAAUGUAACAAAUGCGGGAAGUCCUUUAGGCUGAGUUCAAGCCUUAAAGUACAUCAGAGUAUUCAUACUGGUGAAAAACCCUUUGAAUGCUGCAAAUGUGGGAAGUCCUUUAGACUUAGUUCAAUGCUUAAGGUACACCACAGAAUUCAUACUGGAGAGAGAUUAUAUGGGAUAUAUGUAUAGUAGACAAUGGAAUGUAACACUUAAGAAAAAAUUUAAAUGAAGAGAGUAUGAGAAGUUUUUACAUGGUUUAGUUCUUUUAAGGCAUCACAUAAUUUACACUGGCAAGAACUCCUUGGAAUCUAAAGUGUUUGAAGUUUUUCGAUUAUGACUCAAGUACUAUUCACCUUCAGAGAAUUUGUAUUGUACUUUAUAUUAGAAAGUCUUUUAUGGCAUUCCUCUUUGUUUUACCACUCACUGGGUGGCCAGGCUCUGUGGCCAAGGUUAUAAGGCAGAUAAGUGCCACUUAAGGAAAAGACUAGUGAAUGAUUUGAAGUCAUUGAGAGCAGAAAAAAAUACAUACCAGGAUUAAGUAGCACAGUGAUUACUUAUAGCAAGAGAGGAGACAGAAUGCACAAGAUGUAUGCCUUGCAGUGUGUUAGCGACCCAUGGCCAGGAGAUCACCUCCACAUCUGACAAGCAUGACUUAGCUGCACACAGCCCACUUUGUUCUGCAGUGGCAGGACACGAACUCCUUCCCCAUAGGGUCUGACAUCCCGAAAACCGGGGGCUUGCCUGUGUGCCACUGACAUCUGUGAUUAAACACAGCAAAGGAGUACACAUUGAGUCUGACACAGAGAUAGCUAUUCAUAUACAAAGCAGCAACCCCAGUAGAGGUUGUGAAGGAUCUUUAUUUUUUAGUAAAGAAGUAUUACAGGCCCAACAGGUCCCAUUCUUUUUUUCCCACCAGCUUUACUGAAGUAUAAUUGACCAGUAAAACUAUAAAUUUAAGGCAUAUAAGUGGUGCUAAAGGGGAAAUUUAUAGCUAUAAAUGUUUAUAUUAAAAAAAGAAAAGUUUCAAACUUUAACAGCCUAAUUUUAUAGUUUAAGGAACUAGAAAAAUAAUAAACAACACAAAGUAGCAGAAGGAAGGAAACAGUAAAGUUUGGAGCAGUGAUAAAUGAAAUGAGAGAAUAGAGUAGCAACAGAGAAAAUCAUGAAACCAAAAGCUGGGUCUUCAAAAAAGGUCAACAGAAUUGGCAAACCUUUAGCUAGAUGAAGUAAGAAAAAAGGGAGGAGAGUCAAAUUACUAAAAUCAAAAGUGAAAGUGGGAGGACAUUAUGAUUGAUUUUAUAGAAAUGGGCAAUGGACUUGAUUAGACAUUUUUCCAAAGAAGAUAGUAUGAAUGAGGAAUAAGCAUAUGAAAACAUACUUAACAUCACCAAUCAUUAAGGAAAUGCAAAUCCAAACUACAAUGAAAUACCACCUCACAUCUAUUAAGAUGGCUACUAUUAAAAAAAAAAAGUAUAGGAAAGGAUGUAGAGAAAUUGGAACCCUUCUGCACUAUUGGUGGGAAUGUAAAAUGGUACGACCAUAGAAAACAGUAUGUAGAUACCUCAAAAGACUAAAUACAGAAUUACAUAUGAUCCAGCAAUUCCACUUCUGGGUAUAUACCUAAAAUAAUUGAGGUCAAGGUCUCUAAGAGCUAGUUCUACACUCAUAUUCAUAGCAAAUGUUGUAAAUUCAUACAAUAGAAUGCUAUUCAGCCUUUAAAAAGAAGGAAAUUCAGCAAUAUGCUGCACAUAAAUGAACCUUGAAGACAUUUUGGUAAAUGGAAUAAACGGUCACAAAAGGCAAAUAUUCCACUUAUGUGAGAUACGUAGAGUAGUCAGAAAUUAUGGAACUUGUCAAGUGGUUGCCAGUGGCUGGGAGGAGGCAAGAAUAGGGAGUUAUUGUUUAAUAGGUAUAGCGUUUUAAUGUUACAGAAUGAAGAGUUAUGGGGUUGAAUGGUGGUGAUGACUACAUACUGCAUCUGUAUAUUGAAUACUACUGAAGGAUAUACUUAAAAAUGGUUCAGAUGGUAAAUUUUAUAUUCUGUGUAUUUUAGAACAAUCCAUGGACUGAAUAGUUUAAGUUUAUUUUCUCAUAGUUCUGGAGACUGGAAAGUAAAGAUAUCAGGUGUGGUUUCUUGAGGCCUCUCUUUGACUUGCAGAUGGCUGCCUUCUCACUGUGUCUGCACAUGGCCUUUUCUCCGUGUGUGUGCAUCUCUGGGGUCUCUGUAAGUCCUAGUCUUGUUAUAGGGACAUUAGUAAGACUGGAUUAGGGUCCACCUAAGUGGCCUCAUUUUAACUUAAUUACCUCUUUAAGUUCCUGUCUCCAAACACAGUCGCAUUCUAAGGAACUGGGGGUUAGGAUUUCAAUAUAUGAAUUUUGGGGAGGCACACUUAAGUUCAGGACUGGUCGGUCUGAUGAAGCAUGGCCGUGUAUUAACGUUAAGUUACCUGGUUUACUGAUGUGAAGAACAUUACAUGUGCCCAAAUUGAUUAUUAUAAAAGAAUCUUAAUGGUGCUAUUCCUGUUACUAUACUAAAAUUCAUGUUUCUCUUGCCUGCUAUUUAUAAUGCUAACACUCCCCCUCCUCAAAAAAAAAUUCAGUAGCUAGGUUUGAAAAUACAUUUAUUUCUUCUUAUUAAAAAUUUUUUAAAAUCAGCAAAUGAGUUUUUAGGAAAGUUGAGGAGAAGAUGUUCCCCUAACUUCAUUAGCAGGAGAGAAAAACAUUUAUGAAUCAUAAAUGCUCAAGGAAUCUGAUCAAUGUCAAAUUGAGAACAUUAACAAGAGGCCAAAUACCCUUAUGUUGUACAAUAAGAUGUGUGUAAAUAUAAUUAUUACUUAUUCUCUGUUCUUUCAUUAUAUACUAUUUCUGUAAAUUUUAUUUGGAGGAUACUGAAAAACCUGAGACUGUUGUAAAGUUUUGUAGAACCAACAAUAAAUCUCUUUUUGAAAUUUUUAUUCAAAA